CAAUUUCACUCUCUCUCCUUCUCUCUCUCUUCUCCAAACCCUGCAAAUUCUAGAGGGAGAAACAAAAAAGCAGAGAAGGAAAAAAAGCUUCAACAGUAGUGAGAGAAACACAGAUAAGAAGAAGAAAACAAAGAGAGCAAAGAAGAAGUAGAAGAAACGAGAAUUAACGAAAGCUUCAGUUACUCGCACGAAGAUCUGAAAAUAGAGUUCGCGGAAACUUCUCUUAUGGAAAUGCCCGCACGAAGAUCCAACUACUCGUUACUAACCCAAGUUCCUGACGACCACUUCUCCGGAAGCGGAGGCGGCGGGGCAGGUGGCGGAAGCACAGCGCCGUCGUCCUCCGGCGACGGUAAAAACAGCAGAGGAGGGAAGUUUGAGAACAGAGGAGGCUUCGAUUGGGACCUCGUCGGCGAUCAGAGGGCGACCAACCGGAUCGGUAACGUUCACUCCUCGAUCGGGCUGCAGAGGCAGUCAAGCGGGAGUAGCUACGGCGAGAGCUCGCUCUCCGGCGGCGGCGGUGACUUCUAUGCUCCGACGCUGUCGACGGCGGCGGCGAGCGACGUAGACGGUUUUGGAUACUACCACGAAGAUGGUUUUAGGGUUGGUGAGCUGAGAACGAGGUUGCCGGAGGCUUCAGGAAGGAGUGCCGGCGGCGGGGGUGGCGGCGGAAGUUCGUCUGGGAAAAGCUGGGCGCAGCAGACGGAGGAGAGCUACCAGCUGCAGCUAGCCCUGGCGCUCCGGCUCUCUUCCGACGCCACGUGCGCUGACGAUCCGAAUUUCCUUGAUCCGGCGCCGGAUGAAUCGGGGAUGAGGUCUUCGAGCUCCGCCGAGGCGGUGUCGCAUAGAUUCUGGGUGAAUGGUUGCCUGUCAUACUCCGAAAAGGUUCCUGAUGGCUUUUACCUAAUUUAUGGGAUGGAUUCCUAUGUAUGGACAGUGUGCACUGAUCUGCAAGAAAAUGGCCGAAUUCCAUCAGUUGACACACUUAAGUCUGUGGACCCUGGCAGUGAUUCUUCACUUGAAGUAGUUUUGGUGGAUCGGCGUAGUGACCCUAGUUUAAAAGAACUGCUAAACAGAGUACAUAGUAUUUCUCUUAGCAGCAUAACACCCACCGAGGUUGUCGAUCAACUUUCCAAGCUGGUUUGCAGUCGUAUGGGGGGUUCAGCUUCUGUUGGGGAGGAUGACUUCUUUUCCAUCUGGAAAGAUUGCAGUAAUGAUCUGAAGGAUUGCUUAGGCUCUGUCGUUGUUCCCAUAGGUAGUCUAUCUGUUGGCCUCUGCAGGCAUCGUGCUAUAUUAUUCAAAGUACUAGCCGAUGCCAUUGACUUACCCUGCCGAAUUGCAAAGGGCUGUAAAUAUUGCAAACGGGAUGAUGCUUCAUCUUGUCUUGUCCGAUUUGGGCUUGAGAGGGAGUAUCUUGUUGAUUUUAUUGGGAGGCCAGGAUACUUGUGCGAGCCUGAUUCCUUGCUCAAUGGUCCAUCUUCCAUCUCAUUUUCUUCACCGUUGCGCUUUCCCAGACAUAAACCAGCUGAACCUACCAUUGAUUUCAGGUCACUGGCCCAACAGUAUUUCUCUGACUGUCAAUCCCUUGAGCUUGUUUUUGAAAACAGUUCUGCAGAACAGUUCGAUGGAAAGUGCAAGGACAGGAAUAAUAACCCUAGGCCUAAUUCAAAUGAUAGCAGCAUAAGUUCUCACCUACCUGUACAUCCACAUGUUUUGCAUCCAAGCACAAGUGAUCAAGGUUCUGAAGCAUUCCAAUCAUGUAGCCCGCAGAAUAUUUUAGACAGUAGCAAGGAUCCACUGCCUGUAAAACUUAAGCGUCCAGUUGGUAUACAACCCCCAUUACCUCCACGGGAGUUUUCACUUGACAUGGAGGAUUUGGACAUACCGUGGAGUGAUCUUGUUUUAAAAGAGAGAAUUGGAUCAGGUUCUUUUGGGACUGUACAUCGUGCUGAGUGGAAUGGCUCAGAUGUUGCUGUUAAGAUUUUGAUGGAACAAGAUUUUCAUGCUGAACGUUUCAAGGAAUUCCUGAGGGAGGUUGCAAUAAUGAAACGAUUGCGGCAUCCAAAUAUUGUUUUAUUUAUGGGCGCGGUCACUCAGCCUCCUAAUUUAUCUAUUGUCACAGAAUAUUUAUCCAGGGGUAGCUUAUAUAGGCUCUUGCACAGACCUGGUGCCAAAGAAGUGCUGGAUGAGAGGCGUAGGCUUAGUAUGGCUUAUGAUGUGGCAAAGGGAAUGAACUAUCUUCAUAAACGUAAUCCCCCAAUUGUUCAUAGAGAUCUGAAGUCUCCAAACCUUCUUGUUGACAAGAAAUACACAGUGAAGGUUUGUGAUUUUGGGCUCUCUCGAUUAAAGGCCAAUACAUUUCUCUCAUCCAAGUCAGCUGCUGGAACUCCUGAGUGGAUGGCUCCAGAAGUUCUUCGUGACGAGCCAUCAAAUGAGAAGUCAGAUGUGUACAGCUUUGGCGUAAUCUUGUGGGAGCUUGCAACCCUACAACAGCCAUGGGGUAAUUUGAAUCCAGCACAGGUUGUAGCAGCUGUUGGCUUUAAGAGGAAAAGGCUCGAGAUUCCACAUGAUUUGAAUCCCCACAUAGCUGCACUAAUCGAGGCUUGUUGGGCUGAUGAGCCCUGGAAACGCCCUUCUUUCUCAAGUAUUAUGGAUUCUUUGAGGCCAUUGAUCAAAGCCCCUUCAUCUCAACCUGGUCAUCCAAACAUGCCACUACUUACAUAAUGGUUGGAAGCCAUUUUGUUAUCCAUGCACAUACCACAGGAUUUUUAUUGGUUUUGAUGUCUAACAGGAUUACACUGUUUUAAUUGUCCUAGGUCAAUUUGUACAUCUCUGUUCUAAUUCUGAUUUCAGAAUACUGAUUUUCAGCCCAAUGCAAGGUUACUCCAUCUUUGUUCCAACAAAAUUGUUUGAUUAGAGAUUCUCUUUUUCUGAAACUUCCAACAAAACAAACGGCAGCAGCAAAGGACAACUUGGUUCUUUUUGAAGUUGAGAGUAGCAGUGAACAAGAUUUAGGGGGCACCACAAAUUCCAUUUGAAAGUGGUUAGUAACCCUUUCAAUCCAAAUUGGUCCCUCUCCUUCACUUGCAUCACCUCACUAUUCAAAGUUCAAACCACUCACUUCCACGGUUCACACGGCUUGUACCUAUAAUUUGUGUUAUUAAUAUUAAUGGCUGCCAUUUUCACAA